AUGGACGUGAAGACCUUGUUGUCAUGGUUUAACAAGGAGAUCGGUCUGUACGAGGCUAGGUUGGUCGGGUCUCUAUUUUCCUUAUGGAUCACCACUAUUGCAGAUUCUGACCAGGAUACUGAUCUGGCUUCCGCCAUGGCAAGUCACCGGCUUCACACCCACUCCCAUCAGGAAGCCUUAAACUCCAUCUGCCGUAGCGCCCCAAGCCCCAGCUACCACCUCCUUUCGAAGAGCUCCUCGAACCUGGCGGGCAUCGGGCCGACGGACCCGGGGGAAAGGCAGAGCGGCAAGCAGGAGCUCCGGAAAAGCUUCAGCAGUUCCGCCUGCCAAGCCCGGACGAGGGAAACCGACACCGGGAGCACGCCGAGUUCCGAAUGGUCGUCGACCCACUCCGAAAUCGCAUCCACAGUCAGGACGGUGAGCAGCUUGUCUCCGAGCGACAGCACCCACAGCGGCCCCAAGAGCACCAACCACUUCCUGCCUGUUGACAAGUUGUCGGAACCCGUGGAAAGAAUGGAGGCUAGAAUGCACAUUAAGAGUAGUGCUGUAAAGAACAUGCCUCCCGCGUAUGGUGGAAACCCGCAACACGUGAGCGCGGCAGAAGACCUGGGAGCUGCAGUCCAAAGAAGUCUUUCUGACCUGACAUGCCGCUGCAAGCAGCGGAGUCCCGUCCCCCACAUGGAAACCAGCGCUACGUACUCAGCCAUGAGUUCCAACAGCGGUUCUGGGGCUUCCGCAGGCAACCUGGCUUUCCAAAGACCAAGAUACGGUUCCAACGUGUAUGGAAACGCCCCUGAUUAUCAAAGUCACACAACUCAGAUCCCAAGCUUGCCUAGAGACCCAAACGUGCCUGCUCACCUCUUUGACGACGUAUCGCAUAAUCAGAUUUUUUCAGAUCCUGGAACGUACAGCACCACCGUCCUCGGGCCUCACGCACCUAGAGAUAACCUCUCAAACUCAGCAAUGUACGCUCAAGGGGGGAUCGUGUACAGUAACUUUUCAGCUGGCAUGUACCCGCCUGGCAUGGUGGCUAUCCAGAACAGCACUGCCCUGCCCUAUAACAUAAGGCACGAGCCUGCGAUGAAGGUAGACGGCACCGGUCCAGCCUACUGUCAUUCGUUGCCCAUACCUUCUCUUCAGUUCAUUCCCAGGUUAGUCUGUUCGGUCAGCGAAUCAGGAAAAGAACAAGCAAGCCCCGGAUAUUGUCCUUCUUUGCCAGCGACUGGAAUGGUGACCCUUCCGAAGCUGGUGUCGUCUGUUAGCGAAUCCGGUCUGGAUGCAAAGCGCAUCUUGAGAUGCAGCGGCGGGCAUGGGGAACACGGGUCGCAAGCUCACGUCCAACAGGGUGGGCCCCAACAGGAAAGGAAGACUACCUAUGUGGUGCUGAACAGCCGCCACAACGGUACAGAGGUGGUCCUGAAAACGAAAGACAUGUGGACAAUGACCUCGAUGAACGACAUGAUUCAAGUCUCGCAGCCUCUUCAGUGCAAAGACGCCGGAGUACAAACCAUCCCCACCAAGGAGUGUAAGUCUGUGGCUACAAGUCCCUCAGUUGUAGUGGAGGACCACCCCCACGUAUACCCGGAGGUUAGUUUGGAACCUGAGGCAGAAGGGGAGAAAUCUCUGGUGCAGGAAGUGAGAUGGGAUGACGAAGGCAUGACGUGGGAGGUCUACGGGGCGGAAGUCGAUCCGGAAGAGCUCGGGCUGGCCAUUCAGAAACACCUGGAGUUUCAGAUCGAACAGUUGCAGCUGGAAUCUAUGACAGUCUCUAGGAAAAGUACUGAUGACGUGUUGCCGGAUAAAGACGAAAAGAGAAUGUCUUUCCGAACAAUGAUGUAUUGCCUGAGGAAUCCAAGUUGUUGUGCCGGUUCCAGCGCAGCAGUGGAAUAA